AUGAGUGGCCGCGUCCGAAGCAUAGAAACGGAGCACCAAUGCCAGAAAUGUAAAAAGUUCUUCUCGCAGAAAUCGUCUCUGACCCGACAUACUAAACGUUGCGUCCUUGACUUGCCGGUGCCAAUACGUCAGAAAUCGUGCAGUCACUGCGCAAAUGCAAAAGCACGUUGCAAUCUCCGCCGACCUUCGUGCUCAAGGUGCACAGCUAGAGAAUUACCAUGCAGUUAUCCAACAUCAGCCUCAGAACGGAGCCCAUCUCCAACUUCGUCUUCAAGCUCCAAAACCCCAUCAGAAUACCCGGUUCCCUCGAUUGAAGACCAUCACAUCGCUCUUCCAACAGCUCAACCCAAGCAGCCAAAUGACUCCUCCAUUGAUACCGUAAUCCAAAGAUCCUCGCCACUGUUGCCUUCCAGCGCUCUCCCCUCUCUCCGUGACCAAUCUCUCCUGUAUCCCGUCGCACGAUUGCCCUCCCCAACCCCUCUCACCCUCCACUCCACAACCCAAAUAUUUCUCGUCCACCGCUCCUGGGUCGGCACCAUGGCCAGCAAGACGCACCUCCCACCCAUCAUCCACCCACGCCAAAUCCCUGACGGCAUCCCACUCGACCUCAUGGGCUUCUAUCUCGUCGCCAAGGUAUGGACCAGCGCAACAGCUGCAACUCGCCCUGGCGUGACACGCAUAGCGGAGCGUGAGAUGCUAAAGUUCCACGAGAGAUACACAGCGGGACAGGUUGGGAGCGUCAGGGAUAUGGUGAUUGACUUGCAAGUGUUUCUGCUGUACGCCAUCAUCAAGCUGUUUCCGCCAGACGAAGUCGUGGAAAGGGAUGUGGCGAAGGAACGAGAGAUUUUCGCGCAUCUUCAGGACGUGGCAUAUCAAGUCGCGAAAACCGGCCUGUUUCUCCCAGAGUCGCCGCAUGAGAGCGGAGAGGCGGAAGACGAGCUCGGAGACUUGCCGAGCUGGGACACAUGGUUGCUCACUGAAGCUAAACGCCGUGCCAUCAUUGCUGUUUACCAGAUGGCAUGGGCAUGGAGCGUUAGACACAGCUUCCCUGUGUUUCAUGGCCGUGAACUAGAUUUCGUGCAGGCGCCCGCGGCAAAAACACUGUGGGAAGCGGAGAACGAGGAGAAGUUUGCUGGAGCGUGGCGUUUGGAUCGGCGGAAAUGGGGCGCGAAGCCGUAUUUGAUGGGCGAGUUACCCUGGCUGGCUAUGCCAGGAAACGCGGAGAGGGAUCGCCGGACGGAGAUGUGGGCGGAGGAUGUGGAUGAUUUCGGCAUGUUUGUGCUGGGAUUGCGGGAGUGA